AUGGAUAAGCUGCCGGUAGAGAUUUUGUCCAAAAUCAUCGACCACCUCGCUCCACGAGAAAAGGUCCAACUUCAAUGCGUCUCCAAAACGUUCUUUGAACUCGCCCGUGAUAAUAAUCAAUGGAAAUUACACUGUUAUGACCAGUCAUUGGCUGCUCGACAGGCUGCCCGCUCCGCUGCCAGACCCUCGGAGAGUGUGAUUACCGACGCGACUGUUCCAUUGACGACCCUAGGACAGGAAUCGCUGCGCGAUAUCAUUCAGCCUUCUGCCCCGCCGGCGAACGGUGAUUCCGAUGAUACCCAGGGACUAUCUGCGAGUGAGAGGGUGAGGGCAGCAGCGGAAUGGGACUCGUCGGCUGAGGGGGAGCAUGUGGACUGGUAUUCGGAAUAUAUUGCUCGUCACGGCCCCAUAUCACUAUCAUGGGUUGAACAGCCCUCAAUCCGCAAGGGUGAAGGGAAACGAGGGCAACCCUAUGAGGUCAAAGGCAUGGGACUGCUCAAAGACUGGAGCUCAGCCAGGCAAAACAAGAUCGUUGCCCCGCUUGAAGAUGGUAGCGUCUGCAUCUGGGAUCUCAAUCACUCCCACUCAGCUGAUUCCCAAGCAAGUAAAGGCAGGAUCCUUGGGGUCAGUGAGCCUGGAAUUCUCAUGACCAAUCUGUCUGGUCGUCGGGAUCAUUCCCCCUCCAAAUCUUCAUUGGACUUUAUAAAUCUGGGCGAGGGAGUGAGCGUGGAUUCUCUGCGACAAAGAGCCUACCUGGCAGUUGGGAAUGUCCUUAACGAGGUUGACCUGGAGACAUUAAAAGUGAUUUCGCAGCAGCGUUAUCCCUGGUCGAUUUUCGCCCUUUCCCAGGAGACAGAUUACUCCGUGCCCUUGACACUAGCUACUACGCUCAGUCUGCAGCUCUACGAUUCCAGACUGUCAGCCGUGGAGGAAGAAGAGGCAAUCAGCUCGCGAUGCGAGCAGGUGGCUAGCCCAUAUGCUCCCAAGCUGGGCAUUUUUUCCCACUCUGAUUCGCCCUUGUUCCAACUCCAAUCUAAUGGACAGCCACCCACUCGUAUUCGCAGUCCGGGACCGUCAGAUACAGGAGCCAACUACGCGCCACUCUUCCAACCUGGCCCUCUUUCAAUCCUGCACCCGCCAGCUCCUCAUGUGAAUAUCAUUCUCGUUGCAGGGCGCUUCCCCAGCAUCUUAUGCUAUGACCGCCGCUACUUCCCUCGGCUACAGACCACAGUUCAUUCCGGCGGCCGACUAUGUGGUCUUACCUCAGUACCGGCGCCUCGAUUCCCCGUCUUCUCAGACUCCACCUACCCCGAGUCACAUUCCGUUGUGGCAUGUGGAGACUAUAACGGACGAGGCUCCCUGGAACUCUAUAAUCUUAAAUCAGCACCGGAAGAAGACCAAAGCACCUCGAACGUGACAUCCACCCUCAACCCAGAAUACAACAACCGCCAAAGCGCCGCGAGUUCCAAAUUACUUUCCGUGGGGUCGCACGGGAAUCGCAUCGUCUUUUCCGACGCCGAGGGGAAUAUCAAAUGGACCGAGCGAAACGGCCGUUUAGAAGUCCGACGGUGGAAUAUCAAUACCGACCAGCCUCAGAUCCCAUUCGGUCGUCGCAGCCGACAGCCAACCCCACAGACAGAAGAAGACCAGCAGCCGCGUGGGCUCUGGCCAUCUCAAUCGCCGGCCAAUAACGAGGUAGCCCGCAAGAUUCUCCCCACUGGUGGGAAUCUCACUGGAGAUGAGCUCCUUAUCUGGACUGGAGAGCGCAUUGGUCGUAUCAAGUUCUCCAUUCCUGCGAAUUAUGAAAUGGAGGUUGACCAUGAAGAAGUUGAUGACGAUGAUGAUGUGUUUAUGCACGCCGAGGUCGAUGAGGCUACACGCGAAGAGAUGCGGCAUAGACGGCGUGAUGAUUGGGAGAGAGAGCAGAGGUAUGGGGAUUACAUGCGCCGCGCGCUUGAGAGGCAGGCGGAUGAGGUCCGCUGGAUGGGGAGUCAAGGGCUUGGCUGA